UUCAAUAUACCAAUCAAAUUUGGGAGAAAUUCAGUAUUUUCAUUAUGGUUAAAUUUGUAUGAGAAAAUAAAAAAUGUUCGAUUAUCUAAUUUAUUUGGCACUCAAGUGAAAGUUUAAAAAAUACAUAAAAUUUAUCUUACACCAAAACAUUAAAGUCAUGAAAUAUCUCAAAAAUUACAAUUCACAUUCACAUCAAUAAAGAGGAAGCAAGAACUAUAUUUUGCUCCGGAGUUAAAUUUCAAUCACGAGAUGUUCCAAGAGAGAUAGAUAAUUAAACGAGUUUUCUCUUUUUCUUUCUCUUUUGUUUUGUAAAUAUAAUUAAGUAAUUAAAUGUUCUGAGAAUCAAUAAUAGAAGAGGCUUAUCGCAUGUUUGCUUCACGCAAACAACUAAAUGUGAGAGAGAAAGAGAAGUGAGAGAGAUCGUUUUUUUUUGUUAGCUUUGUCGUCGCGUGGCUUUAAAGACUUUCUUCUCUAUACUCUCCUCUUUACGAAACCCUAAUUCCCCUCUCUUCAUUCGGUUUUCUCAAUCUUCCUCUCUUCUAUACAACACCAACAUAAAAUCCAUAAAAAUAUUCUCACAAAUUUGUGACAAUACUGUGUUGUCAUGAGCGGCGGUGGAAACACAAUCACCCCCAUGGGAGGUGGUGGUUGUGGUGGAAGAAGUAGCGGCAGUGGAGGAACUAGUGGCGGUGGUGGUGGUGGGCCAUGUGGUGCUUGUAAGUUUCUAAGGAGAAAGUGUGUUCCAGGUUGUAUAUUCGCACCGUACUUCGACUCUGAGCAAGGCUCGGCUUAUUUUGCGGCGGUGCAUAAAGUUUUCGGAGCCAGCAACGUCUCAAAACUUCUAUUACACAUACCGGUUCAUCGACGGUCCGAUGCAGUUGUAACCAUUUGCUAUGAAGCUCAGGCUCGGAUAAGGGACCCUAUCUAUGGUUGCGUCGCUCACAUCUUUGCUCUUCAGCAACAGGUGGUGAAUCUACAGGCAGAAGUCUCUUACGUACAAGCCCAUUUGGCAUCUCUAGAGCUACCUGACCCGCAAACGCGACCACCACCUCCACCGCAAUCGCAACCACAAUCGCUCUUCUUCACUCCUCCACCACUUUCCACAACAGAUUUAGCUGCAUCAGUCUCACCAUUACCUUCAACAUACGACUUAGCUUCUACCUUCGAUCAUGCAGCGUCUCCUUCGUCGUGGGCAACACAACAACGAAGAUUCGUUGAUCCACGCCACCAAUACGGAAGAUCAUUGUCAUCUUCUUCAGCAACCGUAGGGCUAGCUGGUGGAAACAGUGACCUUGAAGCAUUAGCACAUGAGCUCCUACAUAGGCAAGGAUCUCCUCCACCUACAACUACCGAUGACUCGCCGUCUCGGACUAUGUCUAGAUGAGUUUGGCUGUGAUCAAUAUAUGUAUCUCCCCUUCGUUUUUAGCAAAAAUAAAUUGCUACUCAAGAAGUUUUAGUUUCCUCAGAAUAUUAUAAGGACUUUUCUAACAUUUAACUAUAGUAUUGUAUUUUCCCUUCUUUUUAUUCCGGUUAUUCUUCUUUGCUGUAUUUUUCACCUAAAAUGCGAAUACAUAAUCAUACAUAGAUUUAAUCUGUUA